CUUGUCUGCCUCCAUACGGCCAACAUUUCGAUCCCGCCGAAACUCCACGUAAACAGUAACGGACUCCCGUACGGUCGCCGAUUAUGGGAGAGGCAGAAGACAAGGCGGAGAAGCUCGCCGCCGCAAAGAAAAAGGUCGCCGAUGACUUUUGGCAUCAACCCGCAUCAGGAGCAUUCCAAGCUGACGGCGAACGCAGUACGAGCAAUUGAAGAAGCAGAAAGCAAAGAAGGGCGGCGCAAGCGCCGCCAAGAAGAAGGACGACAAAGAAGCAGAGUCAUUCCCCAGCAAAGAAACCGAAGACGUAAAAGAUGACGUCGACGCUGCCGAGGACGAGCCUGCCGUGGAGGAGAAGCCUGCGUCGCCCAAGCAGCCACAUGGUCGCCAGCCGUCCAUGUCGAUUCAGUCCAAAUUGAGGAGUGAGAGCUUCAGGAAGGAGAGUCCCAAGUCGCCGACGGGCGAUGUUGACCUGGCGGCCAGGGUGGACGAGCUGGAGAAAGAGAACAAGAGGCUGAUCGCGGACAAGAAGAAGGUCGAGGACGAGCUUCAAGAGCUGCGAGAGGCCCAUGGUGAGAGCGACUGGCUGAAGGAUGAGACGAAAAAGGCGGACACGCACGCCGCUGAGCUGGAAAAGCUGAGAGCGGAAAUCGCUUCCCUCCAACGACAGAACGCACAGCUUGCUGCCGCAAAACGCCGCGCCUCCUCAUCUGUCUCCCUAACGUCCAGCAGCGCCUCCGACCUCGCCUCCCAGCUUGCCUCCAAGAGCGAAACCAUCUCCUCGCUCGAGCUUGAGAUAUCCUCCUUACAAUCCAAGCUUGCGGCUGCGCAGAAGUUCGCGGACGAGCAGACCAGUCGCAUUUCCAGCCUCGAGCUGGACCUGCAGAAGGCGCGGCACGAGGCCGAAUCGUCAGCGCAGGAGCUCGCAGACCUGAAGGCGAACCUGGACAAAGCUAGCGAGCGGGCCGCGGCAGACGGCAGCGCACGCAGUUCGGCAGAGACGCGUGUUGCGCAGCUUGAGGCUGAGCUAGGAACGGCGAGACGUGCGGCCGAGGAAGCGAUGAAGCGUGCGGCCACGCAGGAAAAGAAGGUCGAGACACUGACGACUCUGCAUCGCGAAUCUGAUGCAAGACACCAGGCGAAGCUCGCGGAUCUGAGCAAGUCGGAGCGUGAGGCGAAGGAGCUUCGCUCGCGCAUCACGGCACUGAGCAACGAAAAUGCUCGCUUGAUGGACGAGGCGGUCCGACGCAAGAAGCUCGAGACCGAGGGCGACGCCGACGGUCUAGACGAGAUUGAAGACGAGGAACGCCAAAGGCUCGCGUCUCGCGUUCGCGAGCUAGAGGAGGAGGUGUUCGAGCUUCGAAGGGGUGUCUGGCGCGAGAAGCGCAUAGCCCUCCAGCCUGGCAUGGACAGCGACCCUUAUUCCAGCCAUGGAACGUUUGAUGAUAUCGACCUCAACCCGACCGGCUCGCCCGUGGGCGUGCGCAAACAGACGCAGCAUUCAACCUUCAGCGACGUGAUCAACUCGGGCAUCGCCGCAUUUAGGGGUGACACCAACACGGAGAAGCGGCGGAAUAGAGGCCAAAGCCUGGGCCUCCUCAGCGACGAUGCCUUUGAAUUCGAUGAAGCUGCCUUUGCCGCAGCGCAGGCAGACGAGGCAAAGAAAAGACUGGAACGUGUUAAGGAGGUCAAGCGUGGCCUGAUCAACUGGAAAGGAUGGCGGGUUGACAUCGCAGACUUGAGAGGAGGAUGGGGUGGUGUAUUUGAGGCCUAAGAUCGAUGAUCGGUUAACAAUCAACGGUUGCGCGAGACGGCAAUCCAACACAAUUUCAUGACUUUGCAGACGAGGCUGCUAUCAUUUGUACGAUAUGAUUAACGUGAGUAAACCCGGGGCAAGGUGCUUCUAUCUAAACAAUAGACAUUACUCUUACGAACGGAGAAAUACAUGAGAUGUAAUUUCAGUUGAUCGUGACAGUAUUAGCCUUAACUAAAAAGGAUUAAUGUCAUGCACUGCUGUCACAAGCCGUGGCAUUUUUUCGUUGGGUAUACUUGUCUUUAG